AGGGACACGACUGCUCGAUCGUGACCGUAGUAGCAGCAUGGGGUGAAGGUGCGAGCGAGCGAAAAACUGGAGAAAGGAAAUAAACGAGCGAGAUGAAUCGACGAGUGGGAGCGACCAGGGAAUAUAAACAGCGAAACAGGGAAGAGAUUAUCAUACCUUGCGCGUGUUGGAAGAGGAUGGCUUUAUAUUCUUGGUGGACGGAAAGGGAGGUAAAGGUGGGUGGCGAUGGUGGUGGCGGCAAUGGAGAAAAAGGGGGGCUGCGGAGGUGAGAAGGCAGGAGAACCAGCCUCUGCCAGUAUCCACGUGUUCAGUGUAGUAGCGCGUUAUGACCCGGAUGUUAGAUCGUAGCUGCAGUUUUGCGAGAACCUGCCGACCCGGAUGUCUCGUUCGUCGUCUACAAGUGAUCCGCUACUAAUGUCCUCCUGGUCACCGAAAUAUGUUCAAUCGGAUAGAUGCGAGCAAAUCAACGAAAGGUGCCAGCAAACUUCGAAGGGACCUGAUAAAUGCCGAAAUCGCCAACUUACGUGAUUUACUGCCAUUACCGCCCUCGACUCGUCAGAGACUUUCCCAGCUACAGCUUAUGGCCUUGGUCUGCGUAUUUCUUCGAAAAGCCAAUUACUUUCAACAAGCCUUGAAAAACUGUCCGUCCGACUCUUCGAAUAUCCCGACCCCUAACAUUGGAUUUUCAAAAGCCAUGUCCGGAUUUAUAAUGAUGAUGACUCAACAAGGGAAACUGUUGUAUAUAUCGGAAAAUGCGGCAGAAUAUCUUGGACACUCAAUGGAGGAUUUGCUUAUCCACGGGGAUAGUGUUUACGACGUAAUAGACAAGCAAGAUCACAUGGUUGUACAAAAUCAAUUAUCUAGAAAUAGUCCAAUUCCAAGCGAUAGGAGAUUGUUUCUUUGCCGGAUCAACGUAUCCAGGAAUUCUCGGAGGCAGCUUCGUUUCGGCGAUCAAAAAGUGGUUUUAGUUGAAGGCCAUUUUUUACCUUUCGUUCCCGUUUGUAAUCGAAAUGAAUUUGUUUUCCUUGCUUCCUGCACACCCGUUGUUUUACCGGAAACUAGAGAAAGUAUCGUGCAGGGUGCGACAAAUAUUUUCACCACCAUUCACUCUAUGGAUAUGAAGUAUCUUCAUAUCGAUAAAACGGCUGAAAGCCAUUUGGAAUAUACCCGCAACGAAUUAGUGAAUAUGUCAUGGUAUAAUUUGUUACAUUGGGAUUCGAUACGGACAGCAUAUUGCAAACAUCAAACUGUUAUUCAGUCUGAUCAAGAACGCUCUGCAACCGCAUUGUUGAGACUGCAAAGCCGUUCUGGACGGUGGUUCUGGGUACAUUGCGUUUUACAAGUCAAAGACACUUCCGAAGAAUGUCAACAUCCUAUCAUUGUGUGCACAAACCAAGUUUUGAAUGACAGGGAAGCGGAAGUAAUGCGCUCAAGUUCCUGGCUGUACCAGUAUUCGUCCCAAACUAAAUUUACCUACACCAUCUGCUCUGGAAGUCAGAACCGCAAUGUGCCAUACGCUACCGGCAGCCAAAGUAAUCAACAGCAAGAUUACACUCGUUCCUUGUCCCACGCACAUAACAACGAUACGCAACAUUCUCCCGACAUACGAAAUUCUGAGCAAGAUCUGCACAAUUCGUCGAAGACGCAGCUGAAGGAUUACGCAGCGAGAAAUCCACGAGAAGAUGCGGAACCAGUUGAUAUGUCGAUCAGCAGUAGCGAGCAUGAAAACAGGAACGUGCACGUGAACAUUCAACAUGGCCAUUAUGCGCUUAGUCAGUUCACCGAUAGGUACAAAACGCAUCAUAAAAAUUCAUUGAAUUUGAGCGGUUAUCGCGCAAAGUUUAUCCAAUGCCAUGGUCAAUACAGCAUGGACACAUUAUCGCCCAAGUAUUAUAUCACGGACUUAGAUAAGGAAUACUGUUGUAACGAAAGGAACAACAGCCACAAACGACUUCCGGGUAAGGCGUUAUCAGCGUCCGUAACAGGGUCGACAGCAGAUCCUUCGGAGCUAUCUAUGGAACACUGGAACUCGAGCCCAGUUUGGUCGGAUACCUUGCAAAGGGUGCCAGAUGUGGUUCAUCAGGAACUUAGCCCGUAUGUAGCUACGCCAACUACACCGGUCGACACUCCAGACUCUGAGCUACACCCGGAAACACCGAUUUUCAAUUUUGAUUGGGCAGGCGAACAGCACGUACCCAAUCUGAAGAUUACGUUUCGCAGUUCGAAUCAGGGGCCCAGAAAAGUUCAGGAUGUUCAACCUAUUACGUUGCAGUUACCACGGAAAAAGGGCCAGUCCAUGAAUGAUUCUAAAGACUUUCCUAAAUAAGACUGUGCACUCGCGUUCAGUUGGUGCUUUACAGUUAGAUAGGCAAAUAUUUUGUUUCCUCUUUAAGUAGGUAUAACUUUGUAAGUACACUGAGAGUUCGAGUCUGUGAGUAGAGUGAAAGUUGGUACAUGUCGAUUGAUGACUAGACUGGGAGUAUUUGUAAAAAAAUUUUUGAAAAAUAUUCAAUUUUAAAUUGGUGACAGUCGAUCCAUUAAAUUAAUUCCUAGUGUAACAAUAUUGAGAGAUUUACGAUUGAUUGGUAUCAAUACAAGAUUGAAAUUGAUUUUUGAUUAGAGUGAAAAUAUAGUAGUUUUGUUUUUUUGUUGGUUUGAAAGCUAUCAGUAUUAAAUAAAAUCUGCUUGGUGGUAACAGAGAUUUAUGGGUAAGAUGCCAUAAAGUAUUAGAAUAAUAAAAGGUAGACAUGGAAAUUUUACAAUAUACGUAGUAAAUAUUGAUCGUAAGAGUACAAGAGUACCUAAUUUUUUUAGUGGUAAAAAAAAAAAUGCUUUGACCAGAAUGUCUAAAAGUUUUUAUAGAGAAAAUUUUAGGAGAAAUGUUGAAAUACAGCUUUUUAGAAAUUAUUUUUAUAUAAUAUUUUUGAAUAAAGAACAUUUCAAAGUAGUAGCAUUGUUAGUAUCUUGGCAAAAUGUUCAAUAAUUAAUUAUGAAAUUAUCUGUAUAAGUUUUAGCCGAGAUCCAAGUAAAAGAAAAUGUCCACUAAUAAAGAAUAUUUUCAAUGUUAA